UCCCCUUUCAAACGAGAGUUUUUAUUUAAUGAAUUGGUUUUUAAAUUAAAAUUUGUCUCAAUUAAAUGGCCCUCAUUGUACAUGAAGUCUAUAUCAUAAAUAUAGGAGAAGGCAAACAAUGUGGCCAGCGGCGUUAACACGCCUGCUAAAGAGACGACUCAUUUAUAUUGUACUAGCGAUAGUAUUACUGGUGUAUACAGUAACUAAAGUAUUCCAUAAGCGUCCAAAUUUGCAUCUGCUAGAAUCUAAUGAUUUCACUGUGGAACGUACAAAACCCUUAAUAUGGCGCACUUUAAACGAACAUGUUCUACCGGAUGAGCCACACUAUCGUACAAAUCCGCCGCACAUUUUAUGUCAGAAUACCAUACAAGGUAAAUAUCUGUUAACCGAUGAUCGGGGAUUCGUUUGCAACGCUGAACACAUACUGCGCAAUGGUUGCUGCAACCUACAGAAACCAACCACAAAAUAUUACACCUGUGAGACCUGUGAUAAUAACACACAUUGCUGCGGCAUCUACGAAUACUGUGUGUCGUGUUGUCUGCACCCGGAUAAGAGACCCAUACUGGAGCUAGCAAUAGAGGUGAUAAAGGGCCGCCAGGCAAUGUUGUACGCCCAGGUGAACGAUCAAUUUGAAUUGUGUUUAGUCAAGUGCCGCACUAAUUCACAUUCCGUUGAACAUGAAAAUCGCUACAGAGAUGCGCAGCAUCGUUUCUGCUAUGGUCCCACCCAGGCACAUGAAUCACAAAUCGAAGUGUCGGGCACGGGUUCAUAGCACGCGAUGAGAUUAACUUAUAAUUACUGUCUGUCAACUGUCAAUAAUUGCCUUUAUACUCGUAUGAUUUAAAGUUUUUAAUUUUUUUAAUUUAAUUUUUUAGGUUAGGUCAUGUUAGUUUAGGUAAAUUUCAUUUAAAUGUGUAAGUGGAACUCUCUAUAGUGUAAAAUAACUUGUAGUUAUUGGUUAAGUUGAUAUAAAAGAAUACUAUUAGGUAUAUAUUUUUGUAUGUGAACAAUAAAAUUAAAAAAAAAAUACAAAAA